AUGUAUAAAAAAUAUAUAUUCAUUUGUCUUUUGUUAACAUUAGCUAUUUGUGAAGGAGGAUAUUAGAAUCUCAAAAUAAAAGAAUUUAUGAGCUAGAAUAAUGAAAUUUUUACAUAUAUAAAUGAAAUUUUAGACGACGAAGCUGGACCAGAAUAUUUUCUAUGGAAAAUUGAAAGUCUUUAAUAAUAAAUUGUUUCAGGAGUCAAUUAUAAAAUGAUUGUUGACUAUUAAAAAAAAGAUGACCCUAAUCAAUAUAUUCAAUUUGAGAUAAUAGUUUAUGAUUAGUAAUACUUUGAUAAUUAUUUAUUUUAAGACCAUGGACUAACACAAGAAAAGUGACUGCAUUGGAAUAAAAGAAUCUUAGAGUUGAUAACAAAAAAGCAUAUAAUUCUAAAUAUCAUGGUUGGGUAGAUCUAAAUGUCAAAUAGUUUAGUGAAAAAUUUCCAUAAAUUUAAACAUUAUUACUUUCAAAGUUAAUACCAAAAUUUGAUUUAGAAGAAGAUACUUCUAUAAUGGAAAUAAAAUCAGUUAAAGAGUAAUUUAUAGCAGGAAAAACAUAUUUAAUCUUUGUAUAAUUAUCUGAUGGUAAAAAAUAUAAGGGAACAUUGUAUGAAAAGUAUUAUGUAUGAUAUCAAUUAAGUCCAUGGUCUAAGAAAAUGGAAGUAGUAACAGUAGAAUUAGAAGAAGAAGAGUGAUU